GGCUGCCAGAAUGGCUCCCGUUGAGUGUGCAGCACCAGCGUGUGUCAUGUCUUGGCUGCGUUUCUGGGGCCCAUGGCCCCUCCUUACGUGGCAACUAUUGCAUUUCCUAGUCAAGGAGGCUCAGCCUCUGGUGCGGGUCAACGACCCGCUCCAGCUGACCUCUAACCCCAUGGGGCCACCUGAGCCCUGGUCUUCCCGCUCCUCCCAUCUCCCGUGGGAAUCUCCCCAUGCACCUGCUCCCCUAGCAGCCCCGGGGGACUUUGAAUACCUGGGGCCCUCUGCUUCUUUGCAGAUGUCAUCCCUGCCCCAGGAAUCGACUGAAAAUUUGGCUCCAUUCCUGGACACCGAUUCAGCUGGAGAGCUGCCCCUGGGACCAGAGCAGUUCUCGGCUGCCCAGCAGGAUUUAUAUGACAAGCUGACUCCACAAGAAAGGCUCCCGGUUUCGCCCAAGAACCUGAAGAAACAUCUAGCUGAGCGUUGGAGCCUUGCUGAGAUUACUGGGAUUCCACACCAAUUAUCCAAACCUCAGCGUCAGAAACAGACUUUUCAGGAUGAAUAUUCCAGUAUGGACACACUGUAUCCUGGCAGCCUGCCUCCAGAACUCCGGGUGAACGCAGAUGAGCCUCCAGGGCCACCUGAGCAAGUUGGACUUUCUCAGUUCCAUCGAGAGCCCGAAACUCAAAAUCCAGAGACCCUGGAAGACAUCCAGUCCUCUUCACUCCAGGAAGAAGCCCCAGCACAGCUUCCACAGCUCCCUCAGGAGGUAGAACCUUCAACCCAGCAGGAGUCCCCAGCUCUGCCUCCAGAGUCCUCUAUGGAGAGUCUAGCUCAAACUCCACUGAAUCAUGAAGUGACAGUUCAACCUCCAGGUGAGGAUCAAGCUCAUUAUAACUUGCCCAACAUUACCAUUAAACCUGCAGAUGUGGAGGUUACCAUGACAUCAGAGCCCAAAAAUGAGGCAGAAUCUUCCCAAGCCCAGAAGGAGGCCCCAAAUCAGCCUCCAGAGGAGGUGGAACCUUCUGCAACCCAACAGGAGGCCCCAACUGAGCCGCCAGGUCCUCCCAUGGAGCCUGAACUUUCCCCCAGUGAGCAGGAGCAGCCAGCUCAGCCUUCUGAGUCUUCUGGGGAGGUUGAAUCUUCUCCAGCCCAGCAGGAGGCCCCAGCUCAGCCCUUAAUGUCCCCUGAGCAGUUUCAACGUUUGAAAGACCAGCAAGACAUAAUUCAGCAGCUAAGUAGACCUGAAAAUUAUGAACAACUUCCAGUCCAUAAAGAGACCACAACUCAGCCUCCAACUCAGCUCUCCUCAGACUUUGGAAGUUCACUGAAUGAUGAAGCAAUAGGUUCACCUCUAGAUGUGUCAUAUCUAGAUCUAGAUAGGGAGCUUACCAAACCUACAGCAGUCACUAUGGGGGUAGAACCUUCUCCAGUCCAGCAGGACAACCCUCCUAUUCCCAUUGAACAGGCUGACUUUUCUCCAGCCCAGCCUGAUCUCCCUUCCCCGCCUCUGCAUUCUCCUGAAAAGAUUGAAUCUCCAGUCCACCAAGAGGCCACAGCUCAGACUCUAGAUCCCCCUAAGGAGGCAGAACCUUCUCCAGUCCAGCAAGGGUUCCCAGCUGAGCCACCAGAGCCCCCUAAGGAAGUUGAACCAUCUGCAACCCAGCAGGAAGCCUCGGGUCAUCCUCGGAAGUCCACUGAAGAGGUCAGUCCUCCACCACAGUGGGAGAUACCAGCUCAGCCAUCAGAGCCACCUGAGAAGGUCAAACCAUCUCCAGUCCUACAGCAGGCCCCAACUCGGCUUUUAAAGCCACCUAAAGAGGUAGAGUCCUCUCCAGUCCAACAGGCGGUCCCUGCUCAGCCUUCAGACCCUGCUAUGGUGAUAGAACCCUCUCUGACCCAGCAGAUGGCCCCACCUUUGCCUCCAGAGUUCCCUCAGGAGAUAGAACCAUCUGUAACUCAGCAGGAGGUUCCAGCUGAGAUUCCAGAGCUCUCUAUGGAGGCAGAACCUUCUCUGACCCAGCAGGAGGCCACAGUUCAGGCUCCAGAGUCCCCUAAGGAGGUAGAACAUUCAAGGCAGCAAAUGGUCCCAGUUCAGCUUCCAGAGCCACCUAAGGAAUUUGCUGCUCAACCUCCAGCUCAUUAUGAGGUGACAGUCCCAACACCAGGCCAGGAUCCAGCUCAGCAUUCAACAUUGCCCAGUGUCACUGUUCAACCUUUGGACCUGGGACUUACCAUCAUUCUAGAAUCCACGACAGAGGUUGAACUUUCUCCAACCAUGCAGGAGACCCCAACUCAGCCUCCUAAGAAAGUUGUACCCCAACUUGAAAUAUAUCAAGAGGUAACAAUUCCAACACCAGGUCAGGAUCGAGCUCAGCAUCCAAUGUCACCCGUUCAACCUUUGGACCUGGGACUUACCGUCACUGCAGAACCCACUAUGGAUGUUGAACAUUCUACACCCCUGAAGAGGACUAUAGUUCCUCCAAAGCACCUUAAGCUGACAAUUCCACAUCCAGACCAGAUUCAGACUCAGCAUUCACACCUGACUGAAGCCACAGUUCAACCUCUGGACCUGGAGCUUAGCAUAACUACAGAGCCUACUACAGAGGUUAAACCAUCUCCAACCACGCAGGAAACCUCAGCUCAGCCUCCAGACCCGGGACUUGCCAUAACUCCAGAACCCACUACAGAGAUUGGACAUUCCACAGUCCUGGAGAAGACUACAGCUCCUCAUCCAGACCAGGUUCAGACUCUGCAUCGAAGCCUGACUGAGGUCACAGGUCCACCUACAAAGUUAGAAUCUUUGCAGGAUUCAUUGGUGCAGUCUGAAACUGCACCAGAGGAACAGAAGGCCUCCACAAGCACCAACAUAUGUGAGCUCUGUACCUGCGGAGAUGAGACUCUGUCAUGUGUUGAUCUCAGCCCAAAGCAGAGGCUCCACCAAGUGCCUGUGCCAGAGCCCAACACCUACAAUGGCAUCUUCACCACCUUAAAUUUCCAAGGAAACUAUAUUUCAUACAUUGAUGGAAAUGUAUGGAAAGCAUACAGUUGGACCGAGAAACUAAUUCUCAGUGAAAAUUAUUUGACUGAAUUACAUAACGAUUCAUUUGAAGGCCUGCUAUCCCUCCAGUAUUUAGAUUUAUCCUGCAAUAAAAUACAGUAUAUUGAAAGACGUACAUUUGAAUCACUACCAUUUUUGCAGUAUAUAAAUCUGGGCUGCAAUUUAAUUACGGAACUGAGCCACGGAACAUUUCAGGCCUGGCACGGAAUGCAGUUUUUACACAACUUAAUUCUCAAUCGCAAUCCUCUGACUGCUGUCGAAGAUCCAUAUCUCUUUGAACUGCCGGCAUUAAAAUAUCUAGACAUGGGAACAACGCACAUCACACUUACAACGCUCAAGAACAUUCUCACGAUGACUGUUGAACUGGAAAAACUGAUCUUACCUAGCCAUGUGGCCUGCUGCCUCUGCCAAUUUAAAAAUAGCAUUGAGGCUGUCUGCGAGACAGUCAAGCUGCAUUGCAACACUGAAUGUCUGAUUAACACCGUACAUUGUCCUGAAGAAGCAUCUGUAGGGAAUCCAGAAGGAGCGUUCAUGAAGGUGUUACAAGCCCGGAAGCAGCACACAAGCACUGAGCUGACUAUUGAGUCGGAGGCGCCCUCAGACAGCAGCGCAUCAACUGUGAUACAGGUGAUGAAGCUGGGCUGCUUCUUGCUCCACAGCACCAUCUCCUCGGCCACUGCUGGCAGCUGCCCUAGAUGA